AUGGCAACAACAAUGUUAACAUCAACUCCUACUAAAGAAAAGAAAAAAAAUUCAUCAUCAAAUAAACAAAAUCGAUCAAAUGUUGCUGGUACACUUAAACGUAAUCCAAAAUAUGAAUUGAAAAAAGAUGAACUUAUUCAAUUAUUAGGACGUUUUGAAGCUGAACUUCAAGCUAAAGAUAUUGCAUUAGCAGCAUUGAAGUCAGAAAAAGUGAAAACACUUUUAUCAAAUGCACGAUUUGGUCGUCUUAGUUGUCAAACUGAUCCUUAUGGUGCAUUACUUCGCGAUAGUGAACAUGUUAAAGAAGAUGUACUCAAUGAACAAAUACCAAUGAAAAAUGCAUAUGAAACACAACUUGUUCAACUUGAAGAACUUAUUAUUCAACAAAGAAAACAAGUACAUACAUUAAAAUUUGCACUUGAUGAUACACAACAAAGAUUUGCAUUGUUGGCUCAAGAACUUGAAAAUGAAAAAAAAGAAAAAGUUCGAUUACAAGCAUUUCAAAAUCAGUUAUUAAUUACUCAAGAAGAAAAAUUUCAAUUACGUAACGAACUCGAAAAUAUUAAAUCGCAGAAUCAAGAAUUAGAACAGCAAUUAGCUCAAGUAAUGAAAUUACUUGAACAUGAACAUGAACGACAUAAAAAAUUUGUUAUACUUCUUUUAAAUGAACGUAAACUUGAAAAUGAUCAUCAUCAAGAACAAUUAAAACAAUUAUCAAAUAAUUAUAUCAACGAUGAUACAAAACGUGAAGCAAGAUUUAAAGAAUUAGAACUCGAAAAUGAACGUAAUAAACAAGUUUUAACAUCACGUAUUCAACAGUUACAAAGUGAAAUUGAUUUAUUAGUCAAAGAAAAAAAACAACAAACGAUAACAAAUAGUGUUUCAACAUUGGAAGGAGAAUUGACUGAAACAGUUUCUAAACCUCAAUUAAAACCUCGUCAAUUACCAUCAACAGUGCCUCAAGCACCUCUUUCAACAAAUGAUCUACCAUCAUCACCGUCCAAUCCAGAAAAACCGUUCGUAUCAACGACAACAACAACAACAACCACAGGUGGUAUUCGCCGUCCAACUAUUAUUCCAGCACCAUCAGCAUCAAAAAAGACUAAUAAUCCAAUAAAAAAAGCCGGAGUUGUUCCUCUAUCAGUUGCACCACAUACACAACAAACAUCAUCAAUGACAAGUUCAACAUCAUCCAUUCCUGAAUUAUCUGUAUCACCAGUACCUACUGUUGCUAAACGUAAUGUCAUACCUACUCGUUCAAUAUCAAAUGUUCCUCAAUCUCCAAUGCUUUCUAAUCUUCGUUCAUCACCAAGCAAUAGUCAAACAUCAACAUCAUCUAUUCCGACUGUUACAUCAACAACAGGAAAUAAUGUUCCACGUGGUGGUGGUAUCCCUCGUUUGACAAAAAAUCCUCAUCAAAUUGUUAAACCGACAACAACAACUGGUCCAGCGAAGCGAUCUGGCCAGACUAGUUUUUCAUCAGAACACCAAAUUGAUGAUCUACGAACUUUGUUAGAAACCAUUCAUACAGUUGCUGAAAAUCGUUUAACUUCUCCAACAGAUGUUGUCGAUUUACCAUCAAACACAGACAAAAGCGAUCUAAAUUCUACAACCUCAUCAUCAUCAUCAUCAUCAUCAUUAUCAUUAUCUUCACAUUCUGACAUAACACUUUUCAGAGCUGCUGAAAAUGGAGACACAGAACAAUUAGUGAAAUUUCUUAAACUUGGAUCUAAUCCAAAUAGUCAAAUGUUCAAUGGAAAUACAUGUCUUCAUCUAUCUGUAACUAAUGGACAUAUUGAAUGUAUUCGUCAUUUACUUAAAUUUGGUGCUAAUCCAUUACUUGAAAAUAAUCUUGGUUUAACACCAUGGAAUAAUCUAUCGAAAUUAAAUGAAACAAUCAAACUUGAAUGUCUACAAAUAUUUAUAGAUAUUAGUCAAAUUCUACCACCUAUGGACUUAAUAUUUGAUUCUAUUGAACAUAAUCAUAUAAGUACUUAUGAUUAUUUAUUAUUAAUUUUACAUGAAGAAUUAAAAGCUGAUCCUUCAUAUUGUUCACGCUUAUUACGGAUAGCAUUACGAUCGUCUAAUACAUAUUUUCUCGAACGUCUAUUUGCUAUUAUAUCUAAACAAGACUUUAUUCAAUUUAUUAAUCCUAACACAUUUAUUUCGAAUGAAUGUCUUGCUGUUUUAUCAGCAUUAGAUAAUGAAGAAACUGAAUCGAAACCUAUUAAUUUAAUCGUUCGUAUUUCAUCAUCUAGUGGUGAACAUCGAUAUUCAUAUGCUAUUGGUAGAAUAUCUGUAACAACAGAUUUAUCUUGGCUUGAACUUGAACGAACAUGUAUAAAAAUAUUUAUUGACCAUAUCACACAAAUCGAUUCACCAUUUGAUUAUAUUAAAUCUUCUAUUGGUUGUACAGCAAAUCAUAUUGAUACAAUAGCACUUGGUUUAACUAAAUGGCAUUAUCAAGAUAGUCCAAAUGAUGAAUCACCUAUACCAUAUACAGUUGCAUAUGAACAAGAUACUAUAACUAUUCAACUUAAAGGUAUUCAAAUGAAUGCUACAGAUUCUUUAGCAUACCAUUAUUUCAUCCCGAGUCAAAAUUUGAAAAAUUUUAUUCGCUAUAUUGAACAAAAUCCUUAUGUUGGAGUUUAUGGUGCAGCACAUUUACAGAAAAAAUCAUUAUUUGAAGAUCUUAUGAGAUAUUUUGAACGACCAAUAGGUUUUUCAUCUAAUCCUAAAUUUCAAGUGAUCAGAUUUGAAUUUGAAAGUGUUACAAGUUUAGAUGAUUGUAUUGAUGAACUUGUUGAACAAAAUUUUUUUCGUACAUAUCAAUGGUCAAAUGAACAACAAUUGUCUACAAAAUAUUUACUUUAUUUUGCUAAUAUACAAAAUAGUGUUGGUACUGAUAUACUUAAUUUAUUAUUAAAUGGUGAAUCAAUUUCUGAUACAUGUCAACAAAUAUCCUAUUCGAGAGAAGAAGAUUCAAAAUCAACAAUAAUUUAUUAUUUUCCAUCAAUCUUUCAUAUAUUUACUACAAUGAGUAAACGUACAUGGUCAACAGAAAAUGAAAUUUAUAAAAAAUUUAAAUGGAUACCAUUUAAAAUUGAUAAUGUACCAUGGAAUGGUUUACUUAAACGACAAUUAUGGAGACGUAUGAUUGAUAUAAAUAUUCGUGAAAAUCGAUCCAUUAAUAAUGAAUUAAUUAAAACAUUACAAUGGAUAACAAAUAUAUGGCAACGUUAUAAUGAAUGUUUACAAAAAUUGAGUCUUCAAGAUGCAUUACUUGGACCUGCAUUAUUUUUUGAUUGUCCAAUGGAACGUGAAGCUAUUUUCGAUUGGUUACAAACAAAAUGGAAUACAAUAGUAGCACCAUUUGUUCGUGAACUUUCCAUGAAUAAAUGUGCUCAACCAAAACCAAAAGGGUCACAAUCGGCAACGGCAGCUGCUACAGCUAUUGCUUCAUCAUUACGUGCCAAUAGUCUUGAAAUUAGUACACCUUAUGAAUCAGUGGCAUGUACAGCUUUGUAUGUUUUAUUACAUCGAGCUGUUUCACGUGAUUGUCCAUUGACGGGACAAGAACGUGAACAAUACUUAUUAAAUUUUGUUGGCAGUCGUUUGGAAGGUGGUGGUUCGUCAUCAAUGAUUUCCUCGGCAGCAUCAAGUCGUGCUAGUACUCCUCAACCAUCCAAUUAUUGUGACUUUGUAUCAAUACAACUUGAGUGA